GAGAAAUGCGCCUCUCUCAUUAGUCAUUCUGAACAGGAAGUUUGUUUGAGACGUUGCGGAAGUGUUUGCCGUUUAUUAAUAACUGUCUGCGUCCAUUCGAGAAAAAUAUGAACAGUGCUUCACUCUCAUGUCCAGUAGGUGGCGGAAUAUGCACUUAUAAGUGACCAAUUUUAACUACCAAUAAAAUGGAGAAGAAGAAAAAGCUGCUUCUUAAGACUGUAAUAGCGGGUGUCCGCCACUAGUUCGCGAAAGUUCUAGAUGCUGUUUGUGGACGUUUUUACUGAAGUCCCGGAAAUCAUUCUGAUUCACGUUCAAGUUCAGUGAUGGUGAUGGAUGAUUUCAUGAGGUUGAAAAAGUGACCACAUCAUGGCUUCAUCAAAUGUGUCUGCAAAAGAAUAUGUCAGAAAUGCUCGUGAAAAUCUGGUUGGACGUCUACAAAACCUGCCUGUUAUUGUUGAAAAACUUCACCAACAGAAUGUUUUCAAUGGCAAUGAAGUUAGUGAAAUUGAGGCAGAACCAGAAAAGUACAACAAAACCAGGAGGAUAUUGGACUGGGUCUUAAACAAGGGCGAGAAGGCCUGCUAUAAGUUUCUCAGAAUACUGGAUCGUGAGAGGAAAUUGGUCUUGCCAAAACCAGAUUCUACUAGUCAAACUCCUGAUUUACAUACAUGGAUCUCCUUGUUCUCCUUUAGAGAUGAGGAUGAAGAUGACUACAUUAAAGGACCUGUCUCAUGUCAUCAGCUGCAAAAUGAUUUGAAGACAAGAACAAAACAAAUUCUUUUACGAAGGUGGAGUCAGAGUCUGCGGUUCUAUGGAGGAAGACUACAAAAAAACUUCACUUUUAUUCCUCUGGUGUUGGACACAGAGACAGAAAAUAAUACACCCCGUAACAAAAUCACACUGAAGAGCAAGAAAUCUAAAAAGUCCCGUUCAAAAAAGAUGAAGUCCUACAUACCAAAGGACACACAGACAAAAUCCCCUGAAGAUUUAGUGAAUAGCAGUGAGAAAAGUAUCCUAAUAGUAGGAAAACCUGGAAUUGGGAAGACGACAGUUGUUCAACAGAUGUUACAUCACUGGGCAGAGAGAAGUGACAGAAACCUUGACUUCAUGUUUUACUUUGAUGAAAACACACUGACAAACAUCUCAACUACAGAGAGCUUAGAAAAUCUUCUACUGAGCAAAUAUUUAAUGUCAAAUCCACAGCUUAAAGAAAAUGCUGAAGAAAUCCUGCAGUAUCUACAAGAAUAUUCUGACAGUGUGACUAUUGUUUUUGAUGGAAUCAGAGAUUUUCAGGAGAACACGGUUUUGCUGGAGAUCAAGGACCAUGACCUUCUGCCUGAAGCAAAGAUAGUGGUAACAUGCAGGCCUGAAGUAGAGUACGAGUUCUCUGACUGGACAACAUGUAAAGUUUAUGUUAAAGGUUUCAGUGGAGAGUCAAUUUAUGAUUUUUUUAAGAUGAUGACAGUUAAUGAACCAGAGUUGGUAGACAUUGUGAUAAACAAUCCUGCUCUCUUCAGUCUCUGCCACGUCCCUAUGUAUGCUUUGAUGGUGGCAGCCUGUAUUUCAUACUACACUUCUGAAGAAGCACAGAAACACUUCACAGCUACUGAGCUGUAUGUACGAAUAUUUCGUCACUGUCUACAGAGACACGGAAAUAAGACAUUGCUUUAUUUAGAUGGACACAUUAAAGACUGCAGAGACAUGGUCCUGUCUUUAGCAGAGAGCGCUUUCAAUGCAACCAAGUUAAAAACUAUCAACCUGGAGUUUGAUUAUGAUGAGAGAGGCAUUUCUGGUGCUUUCCUGAAGACUGUCUCUGUCGUGUCACCAGCAUGUGCCAAGACAUUUUGUGCAUUUUCUCACAACACAAUGCAGGAAUUUUUUUCUGCUCUCUGGCUUCUAGAAAAAUCAGAAAUACUUGAUGAGGUUCUCCGUCUGUGUCAGAAUGAAGACAGUGAACACAUGAAACAUAUAAUUCCUUUUCUCUGUGGGAUUCAAUCACAAACCAUCACUGAUGAUCUGAAGUGUCUCUUUCCAUUGAACAAGCUCAAGGACAAUAUUGAUGGGUUCUUUGAGAAGGUCUUAAACACUUUCUUUGGUGAACAACCAGAUGAUGAAAACACUGACAUUGCCUUCAUAUGUCAGUGUCUGUAUGAAUUACAGGCACCUGAAACCUGCUGCUCAUUUCUAGAGAGAAUAAACUAUCAUCUAGUUUUGAGUGAUGAACAUCUUGACCCUUACACCUGCUGUGCUGUGUCCUAUGUAAUCAGACAAUCCACAAAUACAAAGGUUCAUCUUGAUUUGGAGAACAGUGCUGUGUCCCUCUCAGGGCUGAAGAUAAUUCUCAAACAUUCACAUUAUCUAAGGGAUUUCUCAACAACACUAAGUCAGAUCUGGACAAUUGCCUUGAAGUGUGAGGAACUUAAUUAUCUGAUAAAUCUGCUACAGUUAUGUGGGAAUGAGAUUCACAUCCCAAUGAGCAGUCAGACAGAUGUGCUUGAGCAAGCUGGAAAAGUUAUAACCCGAUAUGCAGAACAACUAAAUCUCCAUCUGCACUGUGAUAAAGACCCACAACAGCUCACAGAUCUUCUCUUAAGCACAGUGUUCUCAUGGCUGCCACACAUCAGCUCUCUCAACUUUACCCCUACACAGGGAGAAUCAAAGGAGAAAUGCCAACAGAAAUGUAUGCUAUUUACAAUGGAUUUGAGUUUACAAGUUUUCCUGUACCAAGGAGAAGAUUUUGGAAAAGGGUGGAAAACAGCAAAGAAAAUAAUGGCAGCUAUUUGUAAAGAACCAGGUGAAUUCCUGCUGGAUCUGUUCUCACAUGUGAAGCAGUAUGAGAGUAAAACACACAGGACUGUCCUUCCUGCAUUACUGCCAGUUUACCGGUCACUUCCUGUUUGGUCCAUAAAGCUCUCAGAGACAAAAGUCUCCGUCCUCCUAGAAGUGCUGAAACUCCAAACACAGAAGAUACCAGUGGAGCUGAGAGACUGUUCAGAUGAAGAGAGUGAAGUGAGGAGUUUCCUUCAGUGUCUGCCCUACAUCUCACACCUCAGCUUUAAUGAGACUGGCUCUAAACAUGUGAAGAAAGAACAUGAAAAGAGAUGGAGAACAUUUCUACUGGAUUUGUGUCUGCAUGCAGCUCUACACCAACCACAAACCAUCCAGGAGACAGUGAAUACAGUGAUGACAUAUAAAUAUGAACGGUGUGAGUUCCUGCUGGAUCUGUUCUCACAUGUGAAGCAGUAUGAGAGUAAAACACACAGGACUGUCCUUCCAGCAUUACUGCCAGUUUACCGGUCACUUCCUGUUUGGUCCAUAAAUCUCUCAGAGACAAAAGUCUCCGUCCUCCUAGAAGUGCUGAAACUCCAAACACAGAAGAUACCAGUGGAGGUGAUAGACUGUUCAGAUGAAGAGAGUGAAGUGAGGAGUUUCCUUCAGUGUCUGCCCUACAUCUCACACUUCAGCUUUAAUGAGUUUGACUCUAAACAUGGGAAAAAAGAACAAGAAAAGAGAUGGAGAACAUUUCUACUGGAUUUGUGUCUGCAUGCAGCUCUACACCAACCACAAACCAUCCAGGAGACAGUGGAGAAAGUGAUAACACAUAAAUAUGAACAGAGUGAGUUCCUGCUGGAUCUGUUCUCACAUGUGAAGCAGUAUGAGAGUAAAACACACAGCAGUGUCCUUCCAGCAUUGCUGCCAGUUUAUCAGUCACUUCCUGUUUGGUCCAUAAAUCUCUCAGAGAGAAAAGUCUCCGUUCUCCUAGAAGUGCUGAAACUCCAAACACAGAAGAUACCAGUGGAGGUGAUAGACUGUUCAGAUGAAGAGAGUGAAGUGAGGAGUUUCCUUCAGUGUCUGCCCUACAUCUCACACCUCAGGUUUAAUGGGUUUGACUCUAAACAUGGGAAGAUAGAACAAGAAAAGAGAUGGCGAACAUUUCUACUGGAUUUGUGUCUGCAUGCAGCUCUACACCAACCACAAACCAUCCAGGAGACAGUGGAGAAAGUGAUGACACAUAAAUAUGAACGGUGUGAGUUCCUGCUGGAUCUGUUCUCACAUGUGAAGCAGUAUGAGAGUAAAACACACAGGACUGUCCUUCCAGCAUUACUGCCAGUUUAUCAGUCACUUCCUGUUUGGUCCAUAAAUCUCUCAGAGAGAAAAGUCUCCGACCUCCUAGAAGUGCUGAAACUCCAAACACAGAAGAUACCAGUGGAGGUGAUAGACUGUUCAGAUGAAGAGAGUGUAGUGAGGAGUUUCCUUCAGUGUCUGCCCUACAUCUCACACUUCAGCUUUAAUGGGUUUGACUCUAAACAUGGGAAAAAAGAACAAGAAAAGAGAUGGAGAACAUUUCUACUGGAUUUGUGUCUGCAUGCAGCUCUACACCAACCACAAACCAUCCAGGAGACAGUGGAGAAAGUGAUAACACAUAAAUAUGAACAGAGUGAUUUCCUGCUGGAUCUGUUCUCACAUGUGAAGCAGUAUGAGAGUAAAACACACAGGACUGUCCGUCCUGCAUUGCUGCCAGUUUAUAGGUCACUUCCUGUUUGGUCCAUAAAUCUCUCAGAGAGAAAAGUCUCCGUUCUCCUAGAAGUGCUGAAACUCCAAACACAGAAGAUACCAGUGGAGCUGAGAGACUGUUCAGGUGAAGAGAGAGAAGUGAGGAGUUUCCUUCAUUGUCUGCCCUACAUCUCACACCUCAGGUUUAAUGGGACUGGCUCUAAACAUGUGAAGAAAGAACAUGAAAAGAGAUGGCGAACAUUUCUACUGGAUUUGUGUCUGCAUGCAGCUCUACACCAACCACAAACCAUCCAGGAGACAUUGAAUACAGUGAUAACAUAUAAAUAUGAACAGAGUGAUUUCCUGCUGGAUCUGUUCUCACAUGUGAAGCAGUAUGAGAGUAAAACACACAGGACUGUCCUUCCAGCAUUGCUGCCAGUUUACCGGUCACUUCCUGUUUGGUCCAUAAAUCUCUCAGAGACAAAAGUCUCCGUCCUCCUAGAAGUGCUGAAACUCCAAACACAGAAGAUACCAGUGGAGCUGAGAGACUGUUCAGAUGAAGAGAGAGAAGUGAGGAGUUUCCUUCAGUGUCUGCCCUACAUCUCACACCUCAGCUUUAAUGAGACUGGCUCUAAACAUGUGAAGAAAGAACAUGAAAAGAGAUGGCGAACAUUUCUACUGGAUUUGUGUCUGCAUGCAGCUCUACACCAACCACAAACCAUCCAGGAGUCAGUGAAUACAGUGAUGACAUAUAAAUAUGAACAGAGUGAUUUCCUGCUGGAUCUGUUCUCACAUGUGAAGCAGUAUGAGAGUAAAACACACAGGACUGUCCUUCCAGCAUUGCUGCCAGUUUACCGGUCACUUCCUGUUUGGUCCAUAAAUCUCUCAGAGACAAAAGUCUCCGUCCUCCUAGAAGUGCUGAAACUCCAAACACAGAAGAAACCAGUGGAGCUGAGAGACUGUUCAGGUGAAGAGAGUGAAGUGAGGAGUUUCCUUCAGUGUCUGCCCUACAUCUCACACCUCAGCUUUAAUGAGACUGGCUCUAAACAUGUGAAGAAAGAACAUGAAAAGAGAUGGCGAACAUUUCUACUGGAUUUGUGUCUGCAUGCAGCUCUACACCAACCACAAACCAUCCAGGAGACAUUGAAUACAGUGAUGACAUAUAAAUAUGAACAGAGUGAUUUCCUGCUGGAUCUGUUCUCACAUGUGAAGCAGUAUGAGAGUAAAACACACAGGACUGUCCUUCCAGCAUUGCUGCCAGUUUACCGGUCACUUCCUGUUUGGUCCAUAAAUCUCUCAGAGACAAAAGUCUCCGUCCUCCUAGAAGUGCUGAAACUCCAAACACAGAAGAAGCGAGUGGAGCUGAGAAACUGUUCAGAUGAAGAGAGUGAAGUGAGGAGUUUCCUUCAGUGUCUGCCCUACAUCUCACACCUCAGCUUUAAUGUGACUGGCUCUAAACAUGUGAAGAAAGAACAUGAAAAGAGAUGGCGAACAUUUCUACUGGAUUUGUGUCUGCAUGCAGCUCUACACCAACCACAAACCAUCCAGGAGACAUUGAAUUCAGUGAUAACACAUAAAUAUGAACAGAGUGAUUUCCUGCUGGAUCUGUUCUCACAUGUGAAGCAGUAUGAGAGUAAAACACACAGGACUGUCCUUCCAGCAUUACUGCCAGUUUACCGGUCACUUCCUGUUUGGUCCAUAAAUCUCUCAGAGACAAAAGUCUCCGUCCUCCUAGAAGUGCUGAAACUCCAAACACAGAAGAAACCAGUGGAGCUGAGAAACUGUUCAGAUGAAGAGAGAGAAGUGAGGAGUUUCCUUCAGUGUCUGCCCUACAUCUCACACCUCAGCUUUAAUGGGACUGGCUCUAAACAUGUGAAGAAAGAACAUGAAAAGAGAUGGCGAACAUUUCUACUGGAUUUGUGUCUGCAUGCAGCUCUACACCAACCACAAACCAUCCAGGAGACAGUGAAUACAGUGAUGACAUAUAAAUAUGAACAGAGUGAUUUCCUGCUGGAUCUGUUCUUACAUGUGAAGCAGUAUGAGAGUAAAACACACAGGACUGUCCUUCCAGCAUUGCUGCCAGUUUACCGGUCACUUCCUGUUUGGUCCAUAAAGCUUUCAGAGAGAAAAGUCUCCGACCUCCUAGAAGUGUUGAAACUCCAAACACAGAAGAUACCAGUGGAGCUGAGAGACUGUUCAGAUGAAGAGAGUGAAGUGAGGAGUUUCCUUCAGUGUCUGCCCUACAUCUCAGAGCUCAGCUUUAAUGUGUUUCACUUUACAGAUGAAGAGAAAAAGAAGAGAUGGAGAAACUUUCUACUGGAUUUGUGUCUGCAAACAGCUCUACACCAACCACAAAACAUCCAGGAGACAGUGGAGAAAGUGAUGAAAGUUUAUUAUGGACAGAGUGAAUUCCUGCUGGAUCUGUUCUCACAUGUGAAGCAGUAUGAGAGUAAAACACACAGGACUGUCCUUCCAGCAUUGCUGCCAGUUUACCGGUCACUUCCUGUUUGGUCCAUAAAUCUCUCAGAGAGAAAAGUCUCCGACCUCCUAGAAGUGCUGAAACUCCAAACACAGAAGAUACCAGUGGAGCUGAGAGACUGUUCAGAUGAAGAGAGUGAAGUGAGGAGUUUCCUUCAGUGUCUGCCCUACAUCUCACACCUCAGCUUUAAUGAGUUUUAUUCAGGAUCUGUUCAGUUUAUGGUGAAUCUGAUCAUCGCAGCAGUCGACUGUCAAUCAGAUAAAGGAGAGAGUUUUACUGAGCUGCUGGUGUCAGUGUGCAGCUACAACACAUUCCCUUUUAGACAGUUUUAUGGAUUCCAUGAAGAACAGAGUGAUUUCCUGCUGGAUCUGUUCUCACAUGUGAAGCAGUAUGAGAGUAAAACACACAGGACUGUCCUUCCUGCAUUGCUGACAGUUUACCGGUCACUUCCUGCUGUCAGGUUUAAUGAGUCUCACUUUACAGAUGGAGAGAAAAAGAAAAAAUGGAGAGAAUUUCUACUGGAUUUGUGUCUGCAAACAGCUCUACACCAACCACAAAACAUCCAGGAGACAGUGGAGAAAGUGAUGACAGAUAUUGAAGAAUAUGAGGAAGAUGAAUAUGAAGAACAGAGUGAUUUCCUGCUGGAUCUGUUCUCACAUGUGAAGCAGUAUGACAGUAAAACACACAGGACUGUCCUUCCUGCAUUGCUGACAGUUUACCGGUCACUUCCUGUUUGGUCCAUAAAUCUCUCAGAGAGAAAAGUCUCCGUCCUCCUAGAAGUGCUGAAACUCCAAACACAGAAGAUACCAGUGGAGCUGAGAGACUGUUCAGAUGAAGAGAGUGAAGUGAGGAGUUUCCUUCAGUGUCUGCCCUACAUCUCACACCUCAGCUUUAAUGAGUCUAAUUCAGUAUCUACAUCCGUCCAGUUUAUGGUGAAUCUGAUCAUCGCAGCAGUCGACUGUCAAUCAGAUAAAGGAGAGAGUUUUACUGAGCUGCUGGUGUCAGUGUGCAGCUACAACACAUUCCCUUUUAGACAGGAGGUUUAUGGCUUCCAUGAAAAACGGAGUGAUUUCCUGCUGGAUCUGUUCUCACAUGUGAAGCAGUAUGAGAGUAAAACACACAGGACUGUCCUUCCAGUAUUGCUGCCAGUUUACCGGUCACUUCCUGUAUGGUACAUAGACCUCUCAGAGAGAAACGUCUCCGACCUCCUAGAAGUGCUGAAACUCCAAACACAGAAGAUGCCAGUGGAGCUGAGAAACUGUUCAGAUGAAGAGAGUGAAGUGAGGAGUUUCCUUCAGUGUCUGCCCUACAUCUCAGAGCUCAGAUGUGACUCUUGGUUAAUUCCACGUUUAAGUAAAGCAGUUGUUGCCCAUGCAGAAGAUACAGAGCUGGUGAGAGCUUUCUUUGCUGCUAUGGACUUCGUCCUCAUUAUAGAUUGGGUUUUAACUACUCGUGAGUGCAGAGCUGUGAGGAAAUUACUCAAUCUCUCAGACUCCAAACUCAAACUCACUCUAAAACCACAAGCCAUCUCUCUCAGAGGAGCCAGACUUCUCCUCAGACACAUCACACACCUACAGAAACUCUGCCUGAGUGAGCGUUUGGUAGUGAGGAUGGCCAGAGCAGUGAGAGCCGGUGGGUCAUUCAGGAGCAGUGAGAGCCGGUGGGUCAUUCAGGAGCUCUGUCUGGACUUUAACAUCAUAAACCCAAAGACCUUCAGAUAUCUGAGCAGUUUGUCGUCUCUCCUGAACCUCUGGACUGUUCACUGUGUGAACCUCACUGAGUACAGGAUGGAGGCUCACUCUCUCCUCAGCCUCAUGUGUCAUCCUGGCCUUUUCAAGAUCAGAUUAUCGAAAUGGACUCUCCAGCAGUUUACUGAUCUGCUGUAUGAAGCUCAGGAUGAAGAACUGACUCGCUUUUUCCUGGAGAAGGUGGGAGGAGACCUGACUUCCUGUUCUCUCAGCUGGGAGGAGCUUAUCUAUCUUCUCCAGCAGCGAGUUUGCUGCAUUAGUGUGAACAUCAGAAAGAACAAAAUCACUCAUAAACACACCAGAGAGAUUCUUCCUCUACUGUCUGAAAUUCAGUUUAAACGAUUGAACCCCAGUGUUCUGCUGUCAUUCAUCAGAGAGAUCUAUGAGACUGACUCUGCUCACUAUGUGUCCAGUCUGUUAAAGUCAACACACAGCUGUAUUAACCUGAACAAUAGAGAUCUGGACUCAUACCACUGUACUGCCCUGUGCUUCACCCUCCAACACUGUACAUCUGUCUCUCUGAGCCUGAUGUGGACCUCCAUACCAGACGGGGGGCUGGUGAAGAUUCUACCCCUGUUCAACAGACUUUCUCAGCUCAGUGUUGACAGGUUUCUGUUGCUCAAGUUACUCCACUGCUGCAGUAUCUCUGAGCUCCAACAGGGGGCAGCAGCAGCUGUAUUCUCUGCUCUGCAGAACAGACUGGACUUCUCCUGUAGCACUGGUUUGGAUCUGAGCACAGAAACACAGGAUAAAACUCUGCAUCUGAGCACCGAGGACUGCAGAGACAUCAGCACUGCCAUCCAGAAAUCCCAGCAACGUACAGAGCUCAUUCUAGAGGACUGUGAGCUGGAGGACACUGGAGUGGACGUGUUCUUACUCAUUCUACAUACUGUGAGACUACGCUGUAGUAAAUCUUUGUUGCUCCGGUUCCUGGCUCUUCUCCGUGUGGUGAAUCAGUCAGACUGUGUGAUGAAUGUUAUGUCCCUCUCAAAGGCUCUGAAUGGAGAUAUGGACCUCAGCGAUACCCCUCUGGAUCUCUGUGCCUGUAAAUCAUUAGCAUUGUUUCUGGAGUUUUCUGAAGGUCUGUCAGAACUGGACCUCAGUCACUGCAAGCUCACUGAUCAGGGCCUGGAGCUGCUGUUACCACAUCUGCAUAAAGUGGAGGUCCUGGACUUGAGUCACAAUGACAUAGAUGAUUGUUUAGCAGGAAGAAUCUACACAGCUGUUUCCACUACCAGCAACACACAGACAGUUCGACUCUUCAACAACAGAAUUACUGAUAAGGAACCUUUCCAAAAAGACAAGCGCUUCGAGAUCUGGUGAUGACCGUGUACCCAUGUCCAGUUUUCAUCCUAAACAUUAUAAGGAACGAGAAUGUACAUUUAUGAAGUUUGGCAGAUUCACUGAUCCAGAGUGACUUACUGUACGUUUGAAGUACAGUAAUGUGUAUGAACACAUCAAUUCUGGUUCUCUAGCUCAGGGACUAAGUUUUCAUGUCUUGCCGAUGGUGUAAUGGUUAGGGCUUUUUUUAAGAAUUGUGCUGUUUAAAGAAUUGUUCUACACGUCAUACUGUGUAUGAUUUGUAUAUGUGGCAAAUAAAAUUUUAAUAGAACAUUUCACUAUUUUUCCUAUUAUUUAUGCAUUGGCACUUUUGUACUUUUGUAAGGUGUUUAAGUGUAAUUUUAAUUAGUAAUUUUUGUCUGAACAAUUCUCUUUUAUUUUAUGGCUUGUUAACAUGGUGUAUUAAAUGUUAUUUUCAUGUUAGCAUCUGGAAUGACAUGAAAAGGGUACAUGUUUUAUGCUCUCUGAUUGCUAAUGACAUUCUUUCUGUUACAAUAAACAUGGAGCUGGGCUUCAAAUACACA